AUGAAAUGCGAUGAAGUUAAGCCGGUAUGCGGACCUUGCGCCAAAGGCAAUCGCCAGUGUGUUUACGGCACACUGCCAACGGACACGGGCGACCAUGGCCAUGCUCUUCCCAGCGGUCCGACAAUGUCUCCACCAUCUUCACGUCUGGGCCAUCAUUCGCAGACUAGCUACUCGUCCAAUCCGGACUCUAGACCGGUAACCCAGACGUGGCCGACAACACCAGGUGCUGAGGAUCCACUAUCAAUACGUAGUCCACAGAGCACCUUUAGCACAUCAACGGGCUAUGGUACUGAAGUGGCACCCUGGAAGUGGUACGGACUGCUUGUUGGAGAUGCUGCCAACGGUAACGUCGAUCUGGAUCUACCGUCACUGGACAGCUUGAGUGAUGCCGCCCUGGCUCAGCGGUGUCAACUGUAUCCCAACGGCGUCACAGCUGCUGAGCUGGCAAGCCUGCGAAGCCCACUCAACAUUGCCGAAAGCGUAGCCUCUUUACAGAAUCCGGCCAAGCUGCUGCAAAUUUCUGCCAUCGCGCCUACUCCCUCGGACAGCACUGGUGGCACGGUCGAUGAACGUCAGUACUGGCAGGCUGCGGAAGCAGUACAGUUAAAAGACCACGAGUACGACAUCUUUCAGCGCUUCGUCACCGGCGUAAGCCUUUGGAUCGAUCUGUUUGAUCCUCUCAAGCACUUCUCGACUUUCGUGCCACAUCUCGCACUACAAAAUGAAGGAUUGAUGAAAGCCAUCCUUGCCCUGGGCGCUCGGCAUCUUUCCAUCAAGCCUUCGAACAGUGGCGAAGCAAACGUCGACCGGACGGCGGCCGUGCAAUACUAUUAUGAGACUUUACAGUACUUACAGUCUGCAAUGCGAUACACGUCGUACAAGAACAGCCUCGAACUGCUUGCGACAGUACUAGUCGUCAGCACAUAUGAAAUGAUUGACGGUCAAGGUAAAGGAUGGGAGCGUCAUCUCAAAGGCGUCUUCUGGAUCCAAAGAAGUCGCGAUAUUAACGGCGAGUCUGGCGGGCUCGAGCAAGCAAUUUGGUGGGCUUGGCUGCGUCAAGACAUGUGGGCAGCCUUCAGAGAGCGCAGGCGGUGCUUCAGCUUCUUCAAGCCCACCAAGCCGUACCAGCUAAUGGACAUGUGGGACAUGGCAUCGAGGGUUGUCUAUAUUCUAGCGCAGUCAGUCAACUAUAGCUCGGAGGAGGAGAAGCAGCAGGGUGAAGGCGACCUUGAAGGUCGCAUACUGCGCGCCAAUACGCUACUUAACAUGCUGGAGGAAUGGCGGAGCAGCAUCAGCGUACAUUUCGAAGCCUUGCCGGUCGAGGGACCGUCCAACCGCGCCUUCCGACCACUUUGGGUGCACCCGCCUGCACUUGGGACCUCGCUCCAGAUGUACAGUAUGGCGCGAAUUCUUCUCCUCAUACACCAGCCGGCGGCCGGAGGGUAUUUGGAGUAUCUUCGCCGCGACAAGAUCAUCACCGAGUGCAUAGACACCAUUGGUGGCAUUGCUCUUAAGCUUACGGACGACGCAUCAAGGCUUAUGUCAACGCAGUGCAUGUUCGCUGCGGGCUUGUUUUGCACCGAUCUGGCCAAGCGCGUGUGCAUUACGGAGCUCAUUGACGACCACUCUACGCAGACCGGCUGGCCGUCCAACACCAACCUUUCAGAAGAGCUACGAGCGGAGUGGUCGCAGCUUAAACCAGGCUGA